AUUUGAAUAGAAAAAAUCUCAGGAAGAGGAAUGACUACUGUCGUUUACCUUUUAUUUGUUCUCAUUGCAAAUUCUCAUCAGAUAAAAAAAAAUUAUGAAAAGUGAAGAUCUUCAAAUUUUUUUAAAUUCAUAAUUGCUAUUAAACGUUUUUUAUGCCUAAUCAAGUUACGAGAAGAUACGAUUUAUCUGUGAUAUUAACAACCAGAGUUUCAAUCUGCCUACAAGCUUACAAACGUGUGCUGAUAUUGAUAUUUGGUAUUUUGGCGUUGAGAACGACAGUAUAAAAUGUGAUUUUCAGAUGAAAAAAAAUCAAACAUGCCUGCAGAAAGUCGCUCGGUUAAUUUGAUAGAUUUAGAAUCGAUUGAUCUUAUUAAUUCUCCCUCUGUUAAAAUUUACCAAGAGUCAAGAUUGCUUAAUUCGUACCCUGAGUGGUCUCAGAUCGAGGAGUGGUUGCGUGAAAUGGGUAUUAAAAAAUUUGUAACGCUUCAUCAGAUAGGAAAGACUCAUGAAGGCAGAAAUAUUCUGCUUCUUCAAAUUGGUGAAAAUAAUGGCGACAAGCCUGAAAUUUUUAUUGAUGGAGCACUUCAUGCAAGAGAAUGGAUCAGCGUCGUGACAGUCUUAAAUAUUGCUGACAGAUUAAUUAGAGCCUAUGAAGCUAAAGAUGAUGAUUAUUAUGAAUUAAGUCAUAACAUAGUUUGGUAUGUUAUUCCGGUGGUUAACGUUGAUGGUUACGUCUACUCUCAUACGACUGAAAGACUCUGGAGGAAAAACAGAAGAUUGCCACCCCACAGAUCUAAUUGCUACGGAGUAGAUCUCAAUAGAAAUUGGAAUAUAUCUUGGUCUGGAUAUGGAUCUGAAAAUUAUGCUUGUUCCAAUAUUUAUCAUGGACCUGAGCCUAAUUCAGAGCCGGAAGUGAAAGCCAUAAUUUCAUACCUAGAGAAAAGAAAAGCUCACUUGAAAGCUUAUUUAUCUUUUCAUAGUUAUGGUCAGCUUAUUAUUUACCCAUAUUCAUAUGAUAUAAAAAAGGAACCCAGAAAUAUUGAACAGCUCAAAAAAGUAUCUAAAAAUUUAUCGAAGGAAACAGAUGGACGUUAUGCUAACGGCAAAGCUUCAGAAACUCUUUGUACUUCAACGGACUGGGCAGCUCAUCACUUAAAAAUUCCUUAUACAUUCACUAUCGAAUUAAGAGAUACUGGUUUCUAUGGAUUCUUGUUACCUAGUAGAUAUAUUACACCAACUGUACAAGAAUCUUUAAAAAUAAUCAAGGUUCUAUCGCGAACGAUUAUUGACGAAAAUAAUAUUAUAUCAGAGUAA